AUGGCGCGCCGCCAGCACCUCACCCUGACGCUCCUCGUCGUCAUCGCACUCUUCUUCAGCAUCUCCUACCUCUACGGCGGGCCGGGCUCAGUGUCGGCCCACGAUGCCGCACGGCUGCUCAGGAGCGUUCGCGACAACGCGCAGUCGCCCCUGUCAAAGGUCCCCACCAGCUUCAAGCCCGCCUCGCACGUCGAGGCCAAGCCCGGCCCGGCCUCUGAGCUGAGCGAUGCUCCCGGCAGCCUCCUCGACGGGGAGUCGAUUGCGCCCAAGCUGGAGAACGCGACGCUAAAAGCCGAACUGGGCCGCGCGACCUGGAAGUUCCUCCACACAAUGGCCGCCAAGUACCCCGAGAAGCCGACGCCCGAGGACCGCAAGACAUUCGAGCUCUUCUUCCUCUCCUUUGGCAAGCUGUACCCGUGCGGCGACUGCGCCAAGCACUUCCGCGCCCUGCUCAAGGAAAUGCCGCCGCAGACGAGCAGCCGCAAUUCGGCGGCCGGGUGGCUUUGCGAGGCGCACAACCGCGUCAACAAGCGGCUUCAGAAGCCCAUCUUUGACUGCAAUAACAUUGGCGACUUUUACGACUGCGGCUGUGGCGACGACAAGGGCAAGGACAAGAAGGGCAAGGACACGGGCAAGAAGGGCAAGGACACGGACACGAAGGACAAGGCCACGGCCGACAAGAAAGAGGGCCGGGAUGCCGAGCCCGCCGACAGCUCCAAGACGGCGUCCAAGGGCAAAUGA